UUGACUUUCUGUCAGCAGAACAGUAACCGUUACCGUAGCUAUUUGAAUAAAAAUGAUCGGUAAUUUCAACCGAAUGUCAGAUGCAAAUAAACGCUUUGGACGUUAUAGUAUUGGCCUGUGCUGCUGAGCAAUUGAAAUAGAGGAGCUGCAUCAUGGGAAUACAUUUGCUGUUGAUCCUCUAAUGAGAUGGAACUCCAAUGUAUUAUAAGCCACUGCAGCUCAGCGCGUUGUUGUGCUGGAGGCGGCGCAUAGGACGGUCGGAUCUUUUCCAACUGACGAGGAUUAUUAUUAAACUACCCCAGUUGACCGGGGCAGCCUUCCUGCCUCAAUCGGCCAUGCGUCCUCUGAAUUGGUGUGACCGAAUGAAUAAACGAGGCGUUGGGGAGCGCUGUUAGCCAAUGCGGAUGCUUCUAACACACGCUAAAGCGCGUCGAAUGGGAUAGUAUGUCGUCGAGCUGUCAUGUAACGUACUGAUAAUUGUCAUGUUUCUGUUUCGGUCUGGACUUCCAUAGGGGAAUGAGUAAUCGCGAUGUGGUCAUUGAAGGAGGCGGGUAUCUCACAGACAUCCGGAAUCCAUCGCGGAAUCCCACAGCUGCACCGCGGAGCUGCGAGUCAAAGCGGCCCGCUUUAGGAGCUCCUAUCGCGCGUCGUUAUGCCAUUCCCAACGCUGUUUGUGGAGGAUUACUGUAUGAGACAGCCGUGCGUCAUUUCGUGCCUUGAUUGAUACACAUUUUCCCAUAAUAUGGCCGAUCAGAGCAACAUUCAGUCAGCCGCCUCCAAGAGCAUCAGGCCGUUCAAAUCCAGCGAGGAAUACCUGUAUGCCAUGAAGGAGGAUUUGGCUGAAUGGCUGAACACGCUUUACGAGCUGGACAUCACGGCGGACACUUUUAUGGAGGGUCUGGAGACCGGCUGCGCGCUCUGCCGGCAUGCCAACAACGUGAACCGCGCCGCCCACGAAUUCAAGGCGAAUUACCCAGAUGCGGCGCUUCCUUUCCGGAUCCCCAGCAAGGACGUGGUCUUCCAGUCGAGGAACGUCAUUCCGGGAUCGUUUUUGGCCAGAGACAACGUGUCGAACUUCAUCGGCUGGUGCAGGCAGGAGCUCUGGAUCAAAGAUGUGCUCAUGUUCGAGACCAACGACCUGGUGGAGAGGUGCAACGAGAAGAACUUCGUGCUGUGCCUGCUGGAGGUGGCUCGCCGGGGGGCCAAAUUCGGCAUGCUGGCCCCUAUGUUGAUUCAACUCGAGGAGGAGAUCGAGGAGGAGAUUCGGGACCAGGAGAACCUGACGGAGGCUGUAGGGGAGUCCCAGAGCCCGCCAAGCAGGACGUACACUCGCAAGGAAAGCAUCGGCGAGCCAGACCCGGAGCUGUUGGCCCGCUGGCAGCAGCAGCAGAAGAGAGUCCUCCUGGAUAUGCGCAACCUGGACGAGCUGGUUCGGGAGAUUCUGGGCCAGUGCUCCUGUCCAUCACAGUUUCCAAUGACCAAAGUCUCAGAAGGAAAGUACAAAGUGGGCGACUCCAGUGCACUCAUCUUCAUCAGGGUGUUACGGACUCAUGUGAUGGUGCGUGUGGGUGGAGGUUGGGACACACUUGAGCAUUACCUCGACAAGCACGAUCCCUGUCGAUGCGCUGCAUUUGCGCACCGGUAUCAGCAGGCUAAAGCGAGUGGCCAGGGUCCUCACAGUAAGAGCUCGAGCACUCAUUCCUCCCGCUCCACAAGCCCAGGACCUCACUGGCGCAAUGAGGGCAUGGCGCCCUACAAAACACCCGACAGGCGCUCUUUGGACCCUGUGUUGGGUGCCACAGCGCAUUCCUCUCCAUCCCGCCCUGGCAGGUCGCACCAUGCAGCUGUGCCUGUAGAGAUGGAAACUAACACAGUACGACCCACAACACUGCUGCCUCGACCACCACGAGACAGAUCAGAACCUCGCCACUUUAAUCCUCUCAGGAAUAAGGAAUCUCAUCUUAUGACUCGCAGACUUUCAGGAGAUAGUGACUCUUCUACAGCCUCUUCUAAAGGUGGAGGAGGAAGCACAGGAGGAAGUCGCUUCUCUCUGGGUACACGGCAUGCUCAUGGAGAUGAGGUGGUGCUGCUGGUGAACCGUAAGGAGGGCAAACACCUUAUUGAGCGUCCUGGAGCAGCAGCCCUGAGAGCCCCUCAGACCCGUGCCCGUAGUGCUUCCAGAGAGCGCCCAGCACCGCAGUCCACCUCAAUCCUAAAACCGAGUCCACCACAGGGCCCGGCAGAGGUACAUCGAACACCCCGCACAGAGAGAGGCAGAUCACUGGGGCCCGAAGGUCCACGGAGGCUCCAAGCUCCACGCUCCCUCAGUCAGGGCAAGACACCUAGAGGCCGAUUGGGUGAAGUCAGUCCCGGAUCAUCACCUCGCCGCAGAGACCCUCAGCUGCUUUCCAUAGAUCGGAGAGAUGAACUGAGACCCAAGAAUAUGCCCGCAGCAUCCUCAAGAAUAAGUGGAAGUAUGCCCAGAAAACAAACAUCCUCCUCUGCCUCAAACUCACCCGUUAAAGGCUGCACCAACGGAAGUCCUGCGAAAAAGGGGAUGGUAACACCACGUCCCCCUGCUCCUCGGUCUCCUUCCUCUGGGAGCCGGAAGUUGCUUCCCCCAGUCACACAGCCAGGGCGGCGCUCUCCACAUUCUUCUCCGCGAUCAAAUCCUCUCCACCCUCCACGUUCCCCUCGAUCCGCUCACAAUGCACGAUCCACAGGGAGAGACCAAAGAAGUAGGGCAAAUCCCUACAACCAGCUGCAGGAGAUCCAGGAGGACAAGAGUAUGUUUAGUUUACACCUGCUGCCAAGUCUGGAUCCUCAAAGGGAGCAAGAUCUGUAUCGUAGCUUUGAGGCAGAGUUCCUAGCCAACACGCAACAAGUCAAGGCUGGGCUGGGUAAAGAGUCCACUGGAAGGGAAAUGAGGUCACUUCAGCUCCCUGUCUCCCAUCAAGGUUUAGGGGUGCUCCCAACCUCUUCAGGUGACACUAACGUUACAGACUCUGCUUACUCUUCGUCUAACUCUUCAACGUCGUCUCUUAAUGUCGGAGGUAAGGUAGGAGUUCUGCCUGAUUUGCGAGAGUCCAAACGGACUAAUCACCGUGCCUGUGCACUCGAGGACCCACCUGUCCUUCUCCAUAGCCAGAUUCAUGGAGGGCUCCUGGAGGGAGGGCGAUGGGGUAGUAAAGGUGGUCUCCGUAAGCUCCCUGCCAUCUCCAGCUCCACAGAGGAAGGAGAAGCCUCAAAUCCAGGCCUAUCCAGAUCAGUGUGCCUCUCCAAAGACACCAAUGGAAGCCUCCCUUUGACUGAGGUGCCAAUGGAGAGCCAGCAAGACCUGGAGGAAUGGGUUGUGGUGGAGGGAAACAUGCCACAAAGUGCACAUCCCCAAGAUCUACCGUUUGACAAUGCUGUCCAGACUCUUCCGGAGUCAUUUCCCUCCCCUCCACCACCUCUAGAUGACUGUUCCUACCAGGACUCCUCCAGUGAAAGCUCCUCCAUGUGCUUGAGCAUGAGUGAGCCUCCAUCUGAAGGCUCCUGCACUCCUCCUCUACCACUGGCCAAUGGGGAUGCGGAUGGCACAGUCGUCCUCCGUUCCAAGAAGGGUCAAAAGAAGACAGAGAGGGUGCCAUCCAUCUACAAGCUCAAGCUGCGGCCAAGGAUAAGACCUCGCACUGACAACAGACCUGAGAACAGCCCGUCACGCAUCCCUACACCUUUACAAUACAGAAAUCAUUGUCGGCAGUCUCCUGCCAACUCGUCUCCCCUCCAGACCCCACCACAGUCCCCACGUUUAAACACUAACCAACCCUCGCACAAAGCUUUGCACCAGGCCUUUGCGGACCUCAUCCAGCCCCAGCAGCGAUCCCCGGCUAUGGGCUCUAGAGAGUGUGCUUACUCUUCAGAGUCCAGCCUGGACAAUGAGGCUUGGAUGUAGUGAAUGAUGACAAUGUACGCAAGCCUUGGUUAAUGUUCCUUUGCUCAGCAUAUACAGCUUUACAGUCAGAUUAGAGAGAG